UGGAUCUACUGAAGGAUUCAAGCCAGACAAGUUGGUGGGAAAUAUUGAAUUUAAAAAUAUUCAUUUUGCUUAUCCUAGCCGCCCAGAUGUACAGGUUCUAAAGGGUCUAAACCUGAAAGUACCGGCUGGUAAGACUAUAGCCCUGGUUGGGAUGAGUGGCUGCGGGAAGAGCACAACCAUACAGUUGCUACAGAGGUUUUAUGAUACCUAUGAUACCACAGAAGGGGAGAUUAUGCUGGAUGGACAUGAUAUACGCUCCCUCAAUGUCAAGUGGCUAAGAGAUAAUAUUGGUCUGGUAGGUCAGGAACCUGUCCUGUUCGCAACAACCAUAAAAGAAAACAUUUGCUUCGGUAGAGAUGGAGUAACUGAUACAGAGAUUGAGCAAGCAGCCAGAGAAGCCAAUGCCUACGAGUUCAUAUCUAAACUCCCAGAACAAUUCAACACAAUGGUAGGUGAGAGGGGAGCUCAGCUGAGCGGAGGUCAGAAACAGAGAGUAGCAAUUGCACGAGCUCUUGUACGAGAUCCAAAAAUAUUGCUCCUAGAUGAGGCCACAUCAGCACUGGACACCCAGAGUGAAUCUAUAGUGCAAGCUGCCCUGGAUAAGGCUAGAGCUGGGCGGACCACCAUUGUGAUAGCGCAUCGAUUGUCUACUAUCAGGACAGCUGAUACCAUUGCUGUUUUCCAUGGUGGGGUUGUAGUGGAACAAGGAACACACAGUGAGCUAAUGGAAAAAGAAGGGGUCUACCAUUCCCUUGUCAUGCUUCAGAACCAAGGCAAAGACAGUGAUACAGAAAAUCAAAGUACAGACAAUUCAUAUAAAUAUGAAAAUUCUGGACUGUAUGACAUGGGUGAAAAACAAGACAAAGAAGACAAAUGGCCGACUUUACAAGAUGUUGAGAACAUGCUGGAGCCCAUUAAAAAUGGACGAUUACGAAAAGGUUCAACUAGAAAGAAAAAUAAAGAGGAGCUUAUUGAAAUGAAACCCAGGAAGACAAAUACUGGAAUUCUAGAUGAGGAGUGUCAGAGGCGUUCUGCUGCUCCUUUUCGAAGAAUUCUACAGUUAAACAAACCAGAGUGGAUAUUCAUUGUGACUGGAAUGCUAGCUGCUGCAGUAACCGGGUGCAUACCUCCGUUAUUUGCAGCUGAUUUUUCAAACAUUAUUGCUACAUUUGGUGAAAGAGACCCGAUCCGAAAGGUUCAAAAGAUUAAUCAAGCAUUACUAACAUUUGUAGUCCUGGGAUUUGCCAUUUGUAUAGGGAAUGUCAUCAUGGGUUUCAUGUUUGGAAAGUCGGGGGAAAAUCUAACAAUGAGGCUGAAAUCCUUGUCAUUUAAAGCAUUGCUCCGACAGCUUACUGGACACCGAGUGGGAGUGCUGACAAUGACUGUGACAACUUUGCUUGCUAUAAUCGGCAUUUCGUUUGCAUAUGGCUGGCAGCUGGCCCUACUUAUCUUGGCAUUUGUUCCAAUUCUCGCCGGAGCCCUGCUGAUUGAAACGUUGAUUAUGGAGAAUCAGGCAUUCAAAAACCAAAAGGCCCUGGAGGAAGCUGGAAAGAUAUCAACAGAAGUUGUUGAAAAUAUCAGGACAGUAGUGUCAUUGACCAAAGAAGAUGUUUUUUAUGAAAAAUAUAAUACCAGCUUAACAGGAUCAUACAGGAAUGCAUUAAAGAUCGCACAUUUUUAUGGAUUGGCAUGCGCUAUAGCAGAAAGUUUGCAAUUCCUUAUAUGUGCACCGGUGUUUAGCCUCGGAGGAUGGCUUGUUGCACAUUGCUAUAUAUAUAUUGAAAAUGUUUUCCUAACAUUUUUCAUGAUUACGUUUACUGCUCGUAAAGUGGCGCAUCCAGAUUCCUUCACAUUAAAUUUAGGAGCUGCAAAAUUUUCAGCUGAACGCAUUUUUAAACUGGUGGAUAGAAUUCCAGAUAUUGACAUCUACAGUGAAGAAGGACAAACUUUGAAACAAAUGGAGGGAAAUCUGGAGUUUAAAAACAUCCAAUUUGUUUAUCCAACAAGACCCAAUGUUCAGAUUCUUCAGGGACUGAACUUGAAAGUUUCUAAAGGCCAGACUCUCGCACUGGUUGGAAGCAGCGGCUGUGGAAAAAGCACAGUGGUUCAGCUUUUGGAGCGUUUUUAUGACCCUGAAGAAGGACAAGUGCUUGCUGAUGGGAUCAACAUCACGUCUUUACAUCUGAAGUGGCUGAGGUCGCAGAUAGGCAUUGUGUCACAGGAACCAAUCCUUUUUGACUGCAGCAUCAAAGAGAACAUUCAAUAUGGAGACAACAGUAGACUUGUUCCACAGGAAGAAGUCAUAGAGGCAGCGAAAGCAGCCAAUAUCCACACAUUCAUUAUGAACUUGCCACAAGGAUAUAACACUCGUGUUGGAGAUAAGGGAGCUCAGCUUUCAGGUGGACAAAAACAAAGGAUCGCCAUUGCACGCGCUCUUGUACGGAAGCCAAAAGUGUUACUCCUGGAUGAAGCCACUUCUGCUCUAGAUACUGAAAGUGAAAAGAUUGUGCAGCAAGCUCUGGAUAGUGCCAGGCAAGGACGGACAUGCAUUGUGAUUGCUCAUCGAUUAGGCACCAUACAGAAUGCUGACAAUAUCGCAGUGAUUAAGAACGGGAAAGUGGUGGAAUACGGCACUCAUAACCAGCUAUUGGCUAACCAAGCUGAUUACUAUGCUCUUGUGAACACACAUGACUCCGACAAUUAGGCCUUAUACACAUGGCAAAGCCUUACAGUGAUAGCUUAAUGGUUUAUAUUACAGACCUUCUAGGUACUCAAUGUGCCUCUGUGAGGUGGUGCAUUCUCCCGUUAGGCAAACAUUCCAGGGAAGAAUAUAGCUAUAUAAAUCAUUGUGGAAAAAACACUACGGGGAAGAUUUAUCAUCUCCCUUGCGCAUGCGUUUCAUCAUAAAUUUGGUGCAUCCUCCAGCAGUGCAGGGGAUACCAAAAUGGGAGAAAAAGUAAUGGUCUUGAUAAAUCUCCCCCGUGUGUAUUAAAUAGAGGCACACAAAUAGCCACAGAUAUACAGGAUAGGCCCACAGAUUUCUUGAGGUGCUAUAUUACAGUUCUAUACUACUCUGGCCUGUAAUAAUUUUUGUGUAUAAGGUCUAACUGAAAUUUCAUAGAUCUAGGUAAAGGAUUAUGUAUGAUGAAGAGCAUUCACCAUACCCCCCAAUAUUGUAAAAUAAAAUAUAAAAGUUCAUAAAAUGUGGCAUCAGUUUUAU